GGCAUUUAUUAAUGAUGGUUCUCAAAUUCAGCUGUUGCGUUGUUUAACUUACUGGGAUUUAGAACUGUAUUAUAUUAUAAGUUAACAGCACUGAUACGAGAUUAUAAUUUUCCAUCCUGCUCCUGCUUGUGCAUAGUUGAUCAUAAAUAAAUUCCCAUGGAGAUGUACACUUUUUAUUUGAUUUUUGCCAUCAUCGUUGGAAGCCGUGCAUCGGAUUUCGAACCUGGAAAUUUGAAUUGCCUUUCACCUGCUCGCUAUGAAAUGGAAGCUUGCCUGAACAGUGAUCCGUGUUGUUUCGUUUCCCCGGUGUUUGUAAAUGGCUGCUUUCGGGGAUGUCAGGUGGCAUGUCAUAAUUCAAUAUUUUGUCCAAGAAUAUGUCCAGUUUUGAAAAGGUUUGAUAUCGAGAAAUGUGUCAACUCCGAUCCCUACUGCUCUGUUCAAAAAUUAACUGAAGUGGCUAGAUCAGGGAGAGUGUGCUUCAGAGGCUGCAUGAUGAUCUGCCAGUAAAAUUCUGAUUAAAAAGUUUUUUUGUUUUUUUUUUAUCCUGAAUGUGUUUUUAUUGAUAAAAACAAUGUCAAAUACAUGUAUUGCCAUUUGUGAUCUUACAUCAAGAUCUUAUUUGUUCAUCUAGAUAUCUUUUGAUCUCCUAUACGUGUUAUUAGAGAUUCCCAGUCUGAUCUUUCACCUAUCUUGCUUUGCUAAAAGUGUGUGUGUUUUUGCUGAUAAUGCGACUUCCUGCUCAACAGAAACCUUUUUAAGAGAAACAGUAUCUUAUUAUGCACAUAAUUGUGGACAUUAAUCGAAAUCAGCAUGUUUAAACCUUUGGCUUCGGUGGGUUUUGUCUAUGCUGAAGAGUCAUGUGACCGGAAAGAAAUGGGGGACACUAUAUGCAGCCUCUGUGGACAACGGAAAGAAAGUCGACUUACUGGAGUUGCAUUUUAUGCCUACAUGUCGAGCAAUGUCAUGGUCAAAACAUUAUCCAAACACAAAACAUUUGUCUAUGACCGUGUUGAGACCAACAUUGGAAACGGAUAUGAUGCCAGGUCCGGGAAAUUUACUGCUCCAGAGAGUGGGGUCGAUGUGUUUCACACCUCUACAACAGCAUUUGACAAAUCUCACAGCAUAGUAGAAAUCGUAAAGAACAAUGCUAUCAAAGAUAUAGGGUGGGCUGAUGCCAUGGAUCAUAACGACAGGGCCCCCGCAUCUACAAUGACCAUUCUGAAUUUAAAGAAAGGUGAUAUUGUUAACACACGCGUUGGAACCCACUUUGCAGGAAACUACAUGGAAAGUAAUGCAUAUGCAAGAAUGACCUUCUCCGGAUUUAAACUUAUGUAAUGUACAAAAACAAACGUUGGAAAUAAAAAACUGAUACAAUAA